UAAGCAGCUCAUCACUAACGGGCACGCAAUCGCAGAUACCCCCAGAUAGAUAGGCAGGCGCACAAACAAUCGUAGUGGUACAAGUUAUUGACGAGAUGGACGCUGGCGGCGAUGCUACCAAGGGCAAGGAGCACCUUGUCCUAGUGCACGGUGCCGGCCACGGCGCCUGGUGCUGGUUCAGGCUCCUGGCCCUGCUCCGGGGCUCCGGCCACCGCGUCUCCUGUGUUGACCUUGCCGGGGCAGCAGGCAGCCGCGUCGACCCCGACUCUGUCCGGUCGUUCGACGAGUACACCGGGCCGCUCGUCGACCUCCUGUCCGCGCUGCCGGAGGGCGAAAAGGUGAUUUUGGUUGGGCAUAGCGCAGGAGGGCUAAGUGUGACCCAUGCAAUGCAUUUAUUCAGCGACAGGAUUAAGCAGGCAAUCUUCAUAGCAGCAACCAUGCUCCCAUUUGGCUACCAAACGGAACAAGACAUCAAAGAUGGCGUACCUGAUUUAUCCGAGCUUGGGGACGUGUAUGACCUAGCAUUUGGUCUUGGAAUAGACCACCCGCCAACGAGUGUAGCACUGCGGCCAGAGUUCCAGCGCAUGAUCCUGUCCCAGCAAAGCCCCCAAGAGGACUCUGCGCUUGCCUCCAUCCUACUCCGUCCAUGGCCUGCCGCCUUGAGCGCAGCCAGGUUUGGGAGAGGCGGUGGGGACAGCAGCGCGAUCGACCAGGUGCGGCGCGUGUACAUAACGACGGCAAAGGAUUCCAUGGUGAAGCCGGAGCAGCAGGAGGCCAUGAUUCGCCGGUGGCCACCGAGCAAGGUUGUGGCCAUGGACACCGACCACAGCCCCUUCUUCUCCGCUCCGGAGCGUCUCUUUCAACUCAUCAUCAAGUUACUGUGACCACUUGUACAUCAUGCAUACACGGUCUGGGUGACGCCUAGCUGCUCCUGCUAUUGUAUUCUCCAGUCUCCA